CCACCAUUUUAUGUGGGUUCACUUUCAGCAUGUGGUGGAAAAACACAGCGGAACAGGCAACAGCCCUGGCAUUUCUGCUCACCUAGAGCUGCCCAAAGAAACCAAGAAGGACACAAGUCAUGUUGGAUGCUUGCAGGAAAAACAACACUUCACUUAAACGUCACCCUUUCUAAAUCAGUGUUAGGAAAUGAUUGGUGUCUGCAUGUGCCAUAGAGCUUUCAGGGGGUAUAGGAGCCAAACUUUACAUGGAAAGGUAGGGCUGUCUGUGUGAGUAAGCAAUGGUUUUCCAACCUGAACUUUUAAUGUUCACUUUUUUUUAAUGGGAAGAUUGCUUCACUUGUUCUGUGUUUAUACUGGGUUUCAGAGUGGCUUGCAUGCCCUGAACAUGUGUGAAUAUUCAGGCCUUUUCCUGUUGGCUGCUCCACUUUUGUUUUGAAUUCUAACAAAGCUUAUUUCCUGUUACUUAUAAUCUGGAUUUUUAAGCAAGGUAAAAUGCAUGCUUGCUUUUUGAAUGUAAUUGGAACAAUCCUUGUGUGUAUGUGUAGCGCAGGAGCUUGCAUUUUUUAAAAAAGAGGAACAAGGUUGGAGAAGUGUGCACUAUAGAGGCAGGAGGUUAAAUGAGGCCACCCUUUUCUGGAAGAAAGAGAAAUGUAGGUAGAGCUAUCCCUCACACAUAAACAGAGCAAAUUACUACAUGCCAGCCUAGAUAUUUACCUGGUGAGAUGCCUGCUCAAGGAGGGAUAGGUAAUUGCUUGCUUUCGUGGUUGCAUUUUGACUUGAGCAGGUCAGGCUCCCUCUUGUUUCUGCUACUUCCCACUAUCUUAGUUGCUGAGCCAAGUUUGAUCUGGGUUUUAGUUUGGCAAUCUCUCUCUCGAUAUCCUUAAAAGGAUAGGUCCCUAAAGGAAAGGUUUUCUGGCACUCUCCACCAGGGGGCUUUUCAUAUUCAGUUGGCUUACAGUGCUUUGAUUGUAUGAAGCUUCAUGUUGUUUUCUCCUGCAACUCCCAUUUCGUCUUCCCUCCCCUUCCUUUUUGAUCUGGCAUCUGCCUGAGCUUUUGCUCAGUGCUUGCAUUUGUUGCGCGAAACUCCUUGGCAAUCAAAGAACUUUGCUUCCUUCCGUUCCAGUGGUGCAUCCCUCCUUUGAGCUUGGAACAGCCAGCCUUAGGCAUGUGCAAGGAAUGUGUUCUGCAGCCUCAUGUGCAUAAAGUGGCACAUGCCUUUUUGAGUGCAGCCCACUUGUUGUCUUUGGUUUGAUAAGGAACUGGGAGCAAUGAGACCGUAGAGCUGAUGACUUGUGGCAAAUCUUGACAGAACAGGGGCUAGGCUGGGGCAGAGAACCUUCUUAAGCCUGAGGGCCACAUUCUCUUCUAGGCAAACUUCCAAGGGCCAUAGCCGCUGGUGGGCAGGGCCAGGAGCAAAAACAACAAUUCCCUCCCACAUCUCUUCUCUGUUCUCCCAUCAAGGCAUGCAAGGUCACAGCCACAUCAUACAUGUAAAACACUCUUGCACCACUUUUGCAAGAGUCAUGCCUGGGUCACAUUCUGCUUGGACGGCUACAACAUUGUGGGGCUGCUUUGGAUCAUUUGGAAUCUGCAGCUAAUGCAGGAUGCUGACGCCAGGAGCUUGUGACAUGAGGCAUGGGGCUCCUUUGUUUAAUCUGCACUCGUUUCUGGUGUAUUUUCAACCAAGCCCGGAUCAGGGAAUUUAAAGAAAUAGCUGAUUCUGCUUACCCUGGGAGAUCUGCUGGAGGGUGUGUGUGUUUCUGUUCCACCUCCCUCCUCUAUUGAAGCAUAGAUCAGAAGGGUGAGAGCUACAUCUCUAGCUUCCUCCCCUUUGACGUUUUGCAAGCUGCUGAAGACCACAUUGUUCAGGCAGGCCUUUGGUUUGAAUUAGCUCCUGCCGAAUUGCCUUUUAUGUGGUCCUAUCAACUGCUAUAUUCAUUACUCUCUGUGUGUAUGUGCACACACAAUCUAUUGUUUGUUUCCACUGUUUAAAAAUACCACAAUGAAUUGAAUGCUGCUCCCUUAGGAGCUUUUUCUGAAAAGCAGUUUUAAGGUUUUUUCAAAGCAAAGUAAUUGAGAAACAUUCAGUCUCCCACCGCAGUAAACACUGAAUGUGCAGAGAGAGAAUAUCUCCUGGGCUUGUGGGGCAUCUAGCUCCUAGCAAUGUCUUUUGUGGCUGCUGGAGAAGCCAAUAUGAUUUCUACCAAAGUGCAUGCAUGCCGUAGGUACCCGCUGCGCAUUAAGGUUCUCCGGAAGGGUGUAGGUGGCGGGUGGCAGGUGUGCUGCUCUUCCUGUCCUAGACCAAGCAGCAGAAGCUGUUCUGGGGGGUGGGGGGUGGCAGGAAACUUGUGGUUGGCACUGUUGAAUUAAGGCGCCUCUGCUGCCUGAGCCUGCAGGAAAUAGUGUUGUUGUAAGGUGAAUGCAAACCAUGCAUGCAAAGCCUCCACACUGCAGUACCAAUUUGUGAUCUGUGCUCUCUGCAUAGACAAAAGCUGCUGACGGGAUAGAAAAGUGUUCACUCUCUUUUCCCAUACGACUGCAAGGGCUAUGAAGUGGUGGAAAUGAAGAGAGCACACCCUGGCUCUACUUUUCCUGGGCAAGGAAACAGCUGCAAAGUUUUCUUGAGCACCCUCUGUACAUCUUCUAUAUUACACGCACACCCCUGCCGUCGUCCUCCCGGGAUGUAGGUGGUGUGGAAGUGUGCUUUACUUUUCUUUAAACUCCUCUAUCAGCUGCAGUGGACUAUCCUUUACAAUCAGGAGUCGUCCUUAAUCCAGUUGUACAAGCCCAGAUGAGGAGCAAACAAACACAGGAAUCUGCUACAGUACAUAGCAUAGACCCUGAAAGCCUUGUGAAUAAGGUGGCACAACCAUUGAUAGCUGUCCAAAGUACUUGAUUUGGUGCAUUUUAUAUCUCCCUCUUCUCCACCCCAAAUUUAAGCAGAACAGACACUACUAGCAUGAGAAACAAAUUUGGUUAAUAAUUCUGGCUUUCUUCCCAAUGAGAGAUGCUUAUCAGUGCAAUGGGGAAGUUCUGCUUAAGCCUGAUAAUGGUUGGAAGUACCCAAAAGAGGUAAAUAGUUGAUUCUUUGCAUCAGGUGCUAAGUAUAGCUUUGCAGUGUUUUCUCUGUGCAGGGUGAAGAGCAGAAGCAGGAAACAUCUCUCCGCCACCCCCAAAGUGCACACACAGGGCCACCGCUUGCAAAGUUUCAUUUUCCUCCAGGCUACAUGCAGUGCAGCAGAGCAAAGAGCGCUCCACUCCUGACGAUGAGGCCCCAGUUCGUCCACGCGCUCUCUGCCCUGCUGCUGCUGUUUCCAGGGAAAGCCAUGGGAGCAGCUCCAGAGAGAGGUGGCGGCCGCGGCAAGAGCAGCGAUGACAUCGUCGUGAGUUUCCUGGUCUGCCUGCUGCUGCUGCUGCUCCUUUUGCUGUUCCUGGCGUGGCGUCGGCUGAGCCGCAAUUCAGGAGGAAGGUACCACCCCCAGCGCCUGCUGAGGGGUCUGAUGCUCCGAUGGCAAGGGCUUUGGGCAGGGGAACUCCCCGAAGAGCCGCUACAGGGACACCAGGACGAGAAGCUGGGAGACGAAGAGUCCGGGGAGGAGCAACCCAUUGAUGUGGGGGAUGAGAGGGAGCAGCAGCAGCUCCUCCAAGGAGAAGACGAGGAGGAGGAGGAAGAAGAAGAGGAGGAAAAGCAAGAAGCGUCCAAGGAGAAGGCCGAUCCGGAGCCAGCAGAAGAUAAAGCAGUGCAGGAGGCCUCGGAGGAAGAAGGGGCCCCAAAGGCAACCGAGAGCAGCGCUGGGGCUCUCCUGAGUGAUCUGCAUUCUUUCUCUGGGACAGCGGCCUGGGAGGACCCAGGCAAACAGCUGCAUGUCACUGCCCUCUAGAAGCAGCAGGAUAGAGGGCACUGAAGCACUCACUGCAAAGACAGCUACAGACUGAAGGCAGUUCACCGCCCCAUCCCACGGACAUAGCAGAAGCUGCUUUUGCCCUGUGUUGCCUAUUGAACCCUUCCCGUUUGCACCUAGCUUGCUCGAUCGCCUGCCCCGCCAAAAAUGCAGCCUGAGUUUCCAUUUUGUUUUGAAAGUUUCCUAUGACAAAUAAAGUAGAGGGGAGAUAAGAGACA